ACUGAGCAGAUCCUCUCCGACCCCAAGGCCGCUCACAUGGCCGCCGAGCAAGACAUCUCUGCAGCUGAGAGGAGGGAGAUCUCGUUGGAGAGAGCUGAGGAGCGGGAGAUCGAUCAGACCAUGCAGCCCAGCCUUCGCCUGUCUGUCCCGGCUGGCUCGUUGGGAGGCGCCUCGGGGGUUGUUCUCGAUGAGGAGCCGUACGUGGAGGACUUCGAGCCUGUGUAUGAGGUGAACUGAUGGACUUGAGGCGUUACACGGGGCGUUGUUGGACGUUACACUAGACGUUGAAUGAGUAAGCGCUGAAUCUCGGUGAUUGGUUGAAGAGUAGGGAAUCGCGCCAAGUUUGUUGAUAUUUUAUUGAAGCCAAUUA